AUGGGGGAGGCUCAAUUUGGAGUUCGGCAUAUUAUAGGCGCCCCGAUUGCAACCACUAGAUUGGCCGAGCAAGCAUUAGUAUGCAUGCCGCCAAGAGCUGCCAAGUUUACUCUCUCAGAAUGGAAACUCAGCAACGAUCAGAGAUGCAGGAACACCGAGGAUCAACAGCAACUUGCCGAUCGAAUCUUAGGAGAAAGCGAGAGGGUACGUAUAGAAACCGCCGAGAGAGCUCAUAUUAUGAAGUCGACAACCGACAGACGCCUCGAAGAAAGAAUAGGGGACGUCGAGUUCAACAAAAAUGAACUGCAGAUUCAACGCCGCGAAAUCUGCAUCGAACUGGAAGCCUUAGGUGUUUACAAGACACGACUCCAAGACUGUCUUAGUUCAUUACAGGCCAAUGCUCUAAACAUCUGCCGAAAGUGUCUUAUGUUGAGGGACGGACGAUUAGGAAUAGAUUUAGUUGUAGAUGAGGUAGAACACGCGUUACAACAAGAAAUCACAACUAUCCUAGGGGGCCAAAGUCUUUUAAAGCGCGUUUUAGAGCAAUUGAAUGAGCAAAUGAGACGUUUACGCUCUACUCGAUACCUACUCGAUAGAGACUUGCAAUAUAAACAAGCAGCUAUAGAUGUGGAUAAGGAUAACUUAUCCCUUAAGCCUACGGAUCUCUGUUUGUCUGUUUACGAAGGCUAUGCAAACCUUGAUCCUGCAAAUAUAUCUGCUGAAGAAUAUAACUCUUAUUCAGCAAAGAAUAUACAAAGUGCGGCGAGGGAAGUGACCAGCUCAAGACCGAUCAAGAUGUUCGUGGAUACGCUGUUAAAGCAAGUGAUAGAUGAUUUGUGGGUGGCAUACAAAAAGUGCAAUCACGAAUUCAGUGAGAGAAUCAAAGAAACUAAAUUAGCUAAAGCGAAAUUAGAGGAUAUGCAUCGUGAAACAUCACAAAAGAUCUCUGACAUGCAAGACAACAUUUUGCUACUGCAGAAAGCUCUGUCUGAUAAAGAAGGGCAUAUUGCAUUAGCCCAUACACGAUUGGGGAGAAGAGCAAAUAGAAUUGGUGCUGAAUUAGUGAAGGAUCCUCCUGGUCAAUCACUGUAUUAUGAGUGCGAGAUGCUUAGACACAGUACUGAACAACUACAGCAAAUGCUGCAAGAGGCUACAUCUUCUCUUCGUUAUUUAUUGCAAACGCAGAUUCAAUUGGAAGAGGAUAUUAAUGUGAAAAUGAACACAUUGAAAAUUGACGAAGUGGAUUGUAUGACUUUAAGAGAGACCAUGGACUAUCAUGCAUAUUGAAGUAAAAUCAUGAUUUGUCCUAUAUAAACAUCGUAGAGCUUCUUUAAGAGUAGCUCGGUGGCGUAGUGCAUAAGUGCUGUGACCCGCGAUCGUUUCAAUUUUCUCAAGGGUCGGUCGUGACUGACUGCCCGUGACCUUCCGGUAGGAAGGGUGAUCAAAAAAUGUCAUCUCAAGCCACACCGUGUUUCGAAAGGCACGUUAAGCCGUCGGUCCGGACUGCAUUUGCAACUGUUUAUACCCUCCAAUCCGGAUUGGGUCAGCGUGGACGGUCAUGGCCCAUCUCCCUUACCAUCCACAAGGAAGGCCUGAGCCCCUGCAGUGAAGACGUAAUAGGACGGAUGAUGAUAAUCUUAAAGCUUGAUUUAAAAUUUUUGAAAGUUAAAUAUUUGAUAGAUAUGCUUUUUUUAA